CUUACAAAAUGAGUUCAACGACGCACGCAGUCGGGCCAACUCUUUCUGGUGUGCGUUAUUACGUAAACGAAACAGCUAGACGGUGGAAGUUAGAGCUUUAACCGCUCAUUAAUUGCCUGGACAAGGAGAGCUAAAGCCCAAUAAUUUGUUCAUAAACGGUGCCAUGGAAUCAAAAUCUAUCAAGGAUACCGAGCGAAGCUGUGUUCUUUGCUGCCAGGACCUCGAUAUUUUCGCACUGGGGAAAUGCGAUCACCCGGUUUGUUACCGCUGCUCCACCAAGAUGAGGGUCCUCUGCGAGCAGAAGUACUGCGCCGUCUGCCGGGAGGAGCUCGACAAGGUGAUAUUUGUCAAGAAACUGGAACCAUUUGCGAUGAUAGCAUUCCAGCAGUUUCAGUGUGAAAAGAAGCAUGAUAUUUAUUUUAGUGAUGGCAAGAUCUAUGCCCAAUUCAGGAGGAUUCUGCAGUCUGAAUGUCCACAGUGUCUUGAGCCAAGAGUUUUUGCUAAAUUUGAGGAGUUGGAACAACAUAUGAGGAAGCAGCAUGAGCUUUUUUGCUGCAAAUUGUGUGCAAAACAUCUGAGGAUAUUUACCCAUGAGCGAAAAUGGUACAACCGGAAAGAUUUGGCCCGGCAUCGAACGCAAGGGGACCCAGAUGACACUUCUCACCGUGGACAUCCCCUCUGUAAAUUCUGCGAUGACCGUUACUUGGACAAUGACGAGCUUCUGAAACACCUGCGAAGAGAUCACUAUUUCUGCCAUUUCUGUGACUCUGAUGGAGCUCAGGAAUACUACAGCGAUUAUCAUUACCUUCGUGAACAUUUCCGAGAAAGCCAUUAUCUGUGUGAAGAGGGCAGCUGCAGCACUGAGCAGUUCACCCAUGCCUUUCGGACUGAGAUUGACUACAAGGCCCACAAGGCUUCCGCCCACAGCAAGAGCCGGGCUGAAGCCCGACAGAACCGGCACAUAGACCUGCAGUUCAGCUAUGCACCCCGACACCAAAGAAGGAAUGACGGUAUUGGGGGAGAUGACUACGAAGAAGUGGAUCGCUACAACAGACAAGGGAGGACGGGAAGAGGAGGGCCCAGGGGCACUCAGCAGAACAGCAGAGGAAGCUGGAGAUACAGCAGGGAGGAAGAAGACCGCGAGAUAGCCGCUGCAGUGAGAGCUUCAGUAGCUGCCCGCAGGCAGGAGGAAAAGAGGCAACUCCAGGAGCGAGAGAGCCAAAAGCCCCGUAAAGAGGAGAGCAUGGACACCGAUGAAGGCCGAAACCACAGGAGUGUCCCUAAGCCUCUGAGUGAAGGUCUAGGUAGGAGAAACGACUCCCAAGUUUCCACAGGUCCCAAGGAAGCUCUCAGAUCCCACGCUACUGUUGGGCCACUGCAGAAAGAGCAUUUCCCAGCUUUAGGAGCGACAGCAGCUGCACCACCACCACCCAUUGCAAGCAUGAUCAAACCAGCUCCUGUCAAACUGAAAGAGGACGAUUUCCCCAGUUUGUCCAGUGCAGCAGUGUCCUCACCCAUGACUCCAGCCUACACCGCACAAUCCCGAAAGCCCUCGUCCUUCCAGGAUGAGGAUUUCCCAGCACUGGUCUCCAAAAUCAGACCUCAGAAACCUCUCGGAAACUCCAGCUCUGCCUGGUCCCAGGGCAGCAACAAAAAUACGUCCCAAGCACCCAAAGUUGUCCCUGCCCCGCCCUCCUUUGUGUCCGCUAACCCCCCUCUACCCUCUCCUGCCGCUUCCCAGCCCAGGAAGAAGUCUGCUGUAGGGGGUGGCAGAAAGCCCCCUCCCAAAAUCAGGUCCACCUCGUCAUCCGAAGAGGAUGACCCCCAGAUUGGGAAGACCACUCAGGAAAUCCGCAACGUUCCCACCAUGCUGGAUAUCUCAUCCCUGCUGUUGGGGAAGAGCUCGACACAGCCAGGACCGAAGUCUGGAAAGAGAAAGAAACAGCCCACCUCCUCCACACCUGCAGUUACCCCCACCCUCACUGGGGAAAUGGUGUCCAGCGUGGCCCAAAAAGAGAACGUUCCAGAGACUAAGCAGCUCCCUGCCAACAUUCCCAAACCUGCUGCCACCCCCAAAACAAAUCUGUUUGUGAAUGGACAUGUAGAUAAGCCGUCAGAGAACAAUACCCCUACUCUUCCCAAAGAGCCCCCUGGACUGGAAAAGCAAUCAGCCUCUGUGUGCCCACUUCCGGAAGAGGAUGAGUUUCCAGCCUUGAUACCCAAAAAACCACCUCCAGGAUUCAAAAGUGCAUUUCCAAUGAAGAGUUCGCAGAGCAGUGUACCCUGCCCUCCACCAGGGUUAGCAGCCCCUUUCAACAAACCUCCUCCAGGAUUCACUGGCAUCCCACUGAAUGCCAAUGUGGUGGAACCUGCCAUUCCAGCAGUCAGUGAGCCGACAAACUCACCUGGGACCUACCUCAUACCUGACAACUUCCAGCAGAGGAAUAUGGAACUUAUACAGUCCAUAAAAAACUUCCUUCAAAAUGAUGAGUCCAAGUUCAACGAGUUCAAAACCUAUUCAGGCCAAUUUAGACAGGGUGUGAUCUCAGCAGCCCAGUACCACAGGAGCUGCAGGGAGUUGCUGGGAGAGAACUUCAGGAAGGUCUUUAAUGAGCUGCUCGUGCUCCUCCCCGACACCGACAAGCAGCAAGAGCUCCUGGCAGCGCACGGUGACUGCAGGGUCCUGGAGAAGCAGAGCGGUAGCAAGCCCAAGAAGAACAAAAAGAAUGCCUGGCAAACAGGCUCCACCAACAGCAACCUGGAGCUGGACUGCCAGGUCUGUCCCACCUGUAGGCAGGUGGUGGCCCAGAAGGACUUCAGUGCCCAUAAGACCUUGCACAUGGGUGAUGAUGACUUCCCCUCCUUGCAGUCUAUCAGCAAAAUUAUCAGCUAGCCCCUGGCCACACUGAUUCCUGCCAGGGGCCAGGUCUGUCUAUGGGAUAAGAACAAGCACUUUUCCAGGGUAAAUGGUGCCAGGAUCUGUGGAAUUAGUGGUAAAGAGUGCUUCUGAAAGUGAAGGAGUAUGUGCUGUGAGAGGCGCCCUGGGCAGAAGUAGCUGUUUUUGAAAUGUGGCUGAUCAAUUCAAGAAUAACAAUGCAAACAAACCUGACUGCAGCGGUAUGUUCUGCUGCUUCAAGAAUGUUCUAGUAAAUGGUUUAAGGAGAGCUAAAAGGGUUCAGGUUUUAAAAGCAGUCAUUUACUUGAAGGUGUUUUUAGUUGUCAAAUUAUUAUUUUUAUUUCCACUCCCCUGUUGAAGCCUGAACAUCUUUGCAUAUUUGACCUAGAACCUAAAUCCUGUAAAUUUGCUUGUAAAAAGGAAAUUGGUAUUGAAUCUCUUUUCAUAUUUAAUACUCAUUGCAAGUCUGGUGCAACAAAUAUGAUUUAAUGCUCAAAGCUAGGCUUUUAGGAAUCAAUAAUCCACUCAUUAAGUUCCCCUGUUUUCCAAUAUUUAAUUUUCCGAUGAUUGGUUAUUUCUUACAACUGUUCUUUACAAUGCGGGUAGAUGACACAAUUCUGUAAUGUUGCAUACAAUUUUCAGUAUUAGAAAGAUGUUAGAGUAAACAUAUGGAACGUAAUUCAAAUUAGGGAGAUUAGAGGUCAGUGAUUUGAAAAUAUAUGUUGCAGUUUACCUUUUCCGUUUUCUAACUUACCCAUUUUGAAACUGGGUAUGUAUGCAUCCUAGACUGGGUCUGCAAACUGAUUUCUGCUAAAUGAAUGGACCUAAGCAACGUAAAAGCCAGACUCAAGUCAUUCUUAUACCAUAUGGGAAACUGUCAGUCCUGUUUUUGAAAUCUUUCUUUCCAGAGAAUAUUAUUGUCCUUAUUGCCUCAAAGCCUAAUCUAUGGUGAAAAGUCAUAACUAUAACCGUUAUUAGUGUUAUUAUGAAGCAGCAAAUCGCUCAGCAUUAGGCUUUUUGACUUUUUUGUGUUUCUUUUAGAAAAAUCUGUAUGGCUUUAAAGCAAAACUACUGGCAGUGAUGCUCUUUACUGAGAAUGAUUUGAGAAAUGUGUGUAUAACUGCAAAUAAUCAAAUAUGAUAGCCAGAAGUCCCUGUUCAUCUUACCCAGUUACAUUCAACUCUUUGUGUAGCAUUUCAGCCAUGUUGACCCAGAACUGUAAGUUGUAACUUUAUAUUGACUGAAUCAGUGGAUUGUGAGGUCUCUUAUGUGGCAUCAUUCCAUAAACUGAUGAUUUAGCUAACCGUAAAAUCAGUUAUUAGAUCCAAUUGGGGUGGAAGAAAAAGUUAAUUCCGUAAUCAAGUUUUUUCCUUGUAAAGUAUUCAAAUCUGUUUAUUUGAGUUCAUGAUGCAGAGGUUUGCUGCUUUUCACACACAUUUCCCCCAUUUUCAGAAAUGUUUUCAGGUUCAUUCUCAUGAUUUCCACUGAAACUGCUUAGGUAAAGCAAAACCAACCAUUUGUAUUUUGUAAAGAGGAGUGCCAAUAAAAAGUGGUUGCAUCAUUAA